CAUUCUAAAUUCAAAAACAUUUUUCUAUAUGACACAAACGGCUUUCUUAUGUAAUUGGGCCACAAAAUGAAAAGAUCCGACCCAUUAAUAAGUUAAGGGUCCAGACCCAAGCUGGGUUUAUCGAAGGUUAUUUAUUUCUUCUUCUUCCGAUUCGUUCUCCGAUUGCUUCGCCGUCGCAGAAAUGACCAAGUUCAGGAAGCUCGGCCGCCCAGCAGGUCACCGUAUGUCCAUGCUCAGGACUAUGGUUUCUCAAUUGGUGAAACACGAGAGAAUUGAGACCACUGUUGCAAAGGCUAAAGAAGUCCGUCGUCUUGCUGAUAAUAUGGUUCAACUUGGAAAAGAGGGCUCACUCGCUGCAGCAAGACGAGCUGCUGGGUUUGUUAGAGGAGAUGAUGUACUUCACAAGAUUUUUACAGAAUUGGCUUAUCGAUACAAAGAUAGAGCUGGUGGAUAUACAAGAAUGCUUCGUACUCGCAUACGUGUUGGUGAUGCUGCACCAAUGGCCUAUAUUGAGUUUAUUGAUAGAGAGAACGAGCUAAGACAAUCAAAACCAGCAACACCUCAACCACCACCUCGAGUGCCGCUUGAUCCAUGGGCUAGAUCCCGUCUCACCAGGCAGUAUGCUCCACCAAAGGAGGAGAAAAGUUCUGAUUCCGACCUAUAAAUAUAAGAAGAUCUCUCUCACACCAAAAGAUCAUGUUUUGUUCCCCUUGCCCUGUUGCCCAUGUUGUUUCUCUUUCAACCCAUAGCUUUGUUUUUUUGUUUUUUUGUAAACCAACCCAUAGCUUUGUGUGUCUGUCACCUUAUUCAUUAAUGUCAUUCACAAUAUGUGUUUGACACAUGGUAAAACAUUGAAGUCAUUUACUUUUAACCCUUUGAAACAGUUUAAAUGUAGUUUCCUUGAAGCAUCAAGCAUUUUUAAAGUUCUUCUCAUUUUUCUUGCAUCUACAAUAUGAAGUUAAGAGUCUUCAACCACUCGAAAGUAUGAUAAUAUAUUAAAGGGGCUUUA